AGGCCUUGCGAGCCUUCUCUACGCGUGACGACCGAUAUGGCGCCUCAAACCGACCUCGAGGCAGCCAUCGAGCUCGCCGGCACUGUGAGAGCCUCGCAUUAUCAGGCGCGCGAAGGGCAUCAUCAGACAUGGCUGUCCCAGACAAAGUAGCUUUGGGGUUGUUCUUCUUCUGGUGGUAACCGAUCCAGCGUUUCGAGCCACGCCCAGCAGCAAAACUUGCAAUGCCCCUCAUGUUGCAAAAUGACGCCGCGCGCGCAACGCAGGUAUGCCGGCAACACCAAGUACAACGAGUACAACAAGGGCGCGCUCGACGCCGUCGGCGGCAAGACGGCGGGCAUGACGAUGACGGUGUCGACGAUGCAGCUCGGGGUGUGCGCGCUCUACGCCUUGAUUUUGUGGGUCGUUGGCUUGAACCCCGUCAAGCUCUGCGGCUUCCAGGCGCCCGACAAGCAAGCCUUACCGAAGUCGACGAAGGACGACAUCAUCAAGACCGUGCCCGUGGGCUUCUGCGCGGCCGCGGCGCACUCUUCAUCGGUAUUUGCCCUGGGCGGCGACCCGCUCUUCGGCCAGAUCGUCAAGGCCGGCGAGCCGGUCAUGAGCGCGAUCGUCAACACGCUCUUCUACGGCAAGCCGCCCUCCAUCUUAAAGGCGGCGUGCCUCCCGAUCAUUGUGGGUGGCGUCAUGUUCGCCUCGUUAAAGAAGCAGGCGGAAGGUGGCUACGCCCUCAAAUUCGAUAUGACCGCGCUCCAGUUCGGGCUCCUCGCGAACUGCUUCGCGGCCUUCAAGGGUAGCGAAUCGAAGAAGCUCAUGACGGACCCGGGCAUCAAGAAACGCUACGGCGGCGUCGGCAACCAGUACGCCGUCACGGAGAUCCUGGCCUUCCUCAUCUCGCUGCCGGUCAUGUUCCUCACGGAGGGCGCCAAGUUCGGCGAGUUCGUCGAGCUCUUCAAGACGUCGUCGGACCUCCAGUUCAACCUCGUGAUGUCCGGCAUGAUGUUCUACCUCUACAACGAGCUCGCGACGAUGACAAUCAAGGCGACGGGCGCCGUCACGGCGUCGGUGGCCAACACCGCGAAGCGGGUCAUCGUGCUGGUGUACAUGGCCAUGGUCACGGGCAAGGCCCUGACGGACGAGCAGAAGAUCGGCGCCGCCGUGGCCAUCGGCGGCGUGCUCCUCUACUCGGUCAUCGACGACCUGUUCAGCUCGAAGAAGACUAAAACGAAGUGA